UCCAGCCCAUGUAUAUUGUUUGGGUCUAAGAACUUGUCAUCUCUCACAAAGUCUCCGGUUUCAUAUGACAAGCCGGCAAAUCCCUUGACCAGGUAAGAACAGAAUUUACGAAUAUCCCAAAGAAAAGAGACAACUUGGGUCUGGUAUUGGCAACAAUUAUUUCAAUGAAUCGGAGGAAAGUUGGGUCUGAUCUUGGGUGAGUGAGGAUGUCCCAAGCUGAAGUGUCCUACAGUUGUGGGUCUUGUGCAUACCCUCUGAACUUGUCAUCUUCAAAUCGUUUGACCUCUGGUUCUGGCAUAGGCUCUGAGUAUCAAAAGUCCGUCAAGAAAGGUUUUAUUUCAUUCCUCACAGUUGAUCUUAGUCGGUUCACGCAGGUUGAUGAGGUAAACUGUUUUCCUGUCUCUUGGGGUCGUUAUCGUUCAAAGACUAAACUCCUCUGCCGUAAAUGUGGGGUUCAUAUUGGUUAUGGUUAUGGAGACUCUUCUGCUCUUUGUGGUUUUGACUCUCCCAACUCAUCUACUUCAGCUUACAGAAAGUUCACUGUAAAAAUACGAGCUCUACAGCCUUCUGAAGAGUGCUAAGAUGCAACCUACUUGUAGUUCUAGUACUAAUGCUCUUACUUCCAUCAUGGACCUCCCUGAUGAUUGUCUCGUUUUUAUUUUCCAAUGCCUUGAUUCUAGCUCUGACCGCGAAUCCUUUGGCUUGACUUGUCAUCGCUGUCUUUGUAUUCAAAAUCUUAGCCGUCGGUCCUUACAUUUUCCAUGUUCAUUCAGACAGCUUGACAUUUCCUCAUUAUCACAUUCGAAUAACCAUGUUAACAUCAGCACCUAUCAUCUCCAUAGGCUGCUUACUCGCUUUCAGCAUUUACACUUAUUGUCCUUAUCUGGCUGUACAGAGCUACCUGAUUCAAGCUUGGACCAUUUGGUAAAUUAUGGGUCAAAGUUGCACACCCUUAAUAUGGAGUGUUGUUUUCGUAUUACUGAUCAUGGGUUGUCUGUGGUAGCUACUGGUUGCCCAUCAUUACAAGUGAUCAGCCUUUACCGUUGCCAAAUUUCUGAUUCUGGGUUAGAAAGUUUGGCUAAUUCUUGCUCAAUUUUAAAGGAUGUGAAUCUCUCGUACUGCUAUUUUAUUUCUGAUCAUGGGUUAAGAGCUCUUUCACAAGGCUGUCGUCAACUUCAGGCAGUUAAGAUAUCACAUUGUAAGGGCGUAACUGGUAUUGGCUUUAAAGGUUGUUCAUCAACUUUAGCUUAUGUAGAAGCUGAAUCAUGUAAGCUUGAGCCAGAGGGCAUUUCGGGAAUUGUAAGUGGAGGUGGGAUUGAAUGUUUAAAUAUAUCCGGUUUAAUCUUGUUCAAUGAUGGAAAUGGUUUGGCAACAAUUGGGAGGGGAUUUGCCUUCAGCCUUAAAAUUCUUAACCUUCGGCUGUGCAGAACUGUUGGCGAUGAGUCUAUUGUAGCAAUUGCAGAAGGUUGUCCGCUACUUGAGGAAUGGAACUUGGCGUUGUGUCACGGGGUCAGGAUAGUUGGUUGGUCUUCUAUUGGGAUGAAUUGUCACAAAUUGGAGAAACUCCAUGUGAACCGGUGUCAGAGUCUAUGUGAUGAUGGGUUACUGGCUUUGCGAAAUGGUUGCAAACAGCUCUCUGUUCUGUACAUGAACGGUUGUUCUAGGAUUACUUCAACAGCAAUAGAGUUGUUCAAAUGUUAUAGGAGUGAUGUUACCAUCAAGGAAGAAGAAAAAAUGUGUAUAGGGGCCUAUGUGGGCAUUUAGAUUAUAUUGGACGAAAAGAAAUUUGACUUAUUUGACAUGAAAAUGUCUGUGAUA